UUUAUUAGUUAACUGAACAUUGUCCGUACCGGUUGUUGUUUUCUGUUUUGUGCUGCAGUCAUACCGAUAAACCUUGAAUUAAUCUAUUCAUAUGUGUAGUUCGUGUGUGUUCGUGUGCUGUUUGCGAAAAUUACUAAUUAUUGAUACAUCUAUUACCGCCGAUACCGAAUAUCCACCCGGUUAGUCUAGGAAAAUGACGAAGAGCAAGAAAAAGAAAGGCCGCUUCUGACAAGAACAGUAAUAUAAAAGGGGAAGAGAUCGCUACCGCCUACAUAGUGACGCCGCCGGGCACGCCACCAAAAAACGGACUUAAGACCGCCAACAACUACGGCAAUGGCACGAGUGGAAGUUCCACUGUCCCCUGGGAACGGGAAAUCAUUGGGCAGUUUCUGCUGGAGAUGGGCGACAGUCAGAAGAUCAGUGCUCGCAAUGAUUGGUACGUGGAUAAGACGCAAAUGCGGAUGCUCUUCGAGGACUAUCUGGAAAAGAGUCCCAAAUACACGGAGCUUCGCCUUAAGCUGUCAGCCAAUGGAGCCUAUAAAUCUAGGAAAAUGACGAAGAGCAAGAAAAAGAAGGCCGCUUCUGACAAGAACAGUAAUAUAAAAGGGGAAGAGAUCGCUACCGCCUACAUAGUGACGCCGCCGGGCACGCCACCAAAAAACGGACUUAAGACCGCCAACAACUACGGCAAUGGCACGAGUGGAAGUUCCACUGUCCCCUGGGAACGGGAAAUCAUUGGGCAGUUUCUGCUGGAGAUGGGCGACAGUCAGAAGAUCAGUGCUCGCAAUGAUUGGUACGUGGAUAAGACGCAAAUGCGGAUGCUCUUCGAGGACUAUCUGGAAAAGAGUCCCAAAUACACGGAGCUUCGCCUUAAGCUGUCAGCCAAUGGAGCCUAUAAAUCUAGGAAAAUGACGAAGAGCAAGAAAAAGAAGGCCGCUUCUGACAAGAACAGUAAUAUAAAAGGGGAAGAGAUCGCUACCGCCUACAUAGUGACGCCGCCGGGCACGCCACCAAAAAACGGACUUAAGACGCCAACAACUACGGCAAUGGCACGAGUGGAAGUUCCACUGUCCCCUGGGGUAAGCAACAGGUCCAUGGCUACGGGGCUUUCCUUGCUCAUCAAAACCAUGUUGCUCUUCCCCAUAGAACGGGAAAUCAUUGGGCAGUUUCUGCUGGAGAUGGGCGACAGUCAGAAGAUCAGUGCUCGCAAUGAUUGGUACGUGGAUAAGACGCAAAUGCGGAUGCUCUUCGAGGACUAUCUGGAAAAGAGUCCCAAAUACACGGAGCUUCGCCUUAAGCUGUCAGCCAAUGGAGCCUAUAAA